CGGACUUAUGUAAUAAAGCAUAUUCUUCUUACAAUACAUUCGAUCUUGACUUUAUCAACACUGCCAUCAUUCUCUCGUACAACUUGGCAUUUGCUGGCAUGAAAGAGUAACAAUCACUUCAUUCAAAGAAGGACUCGAUCAUAGGUUGCGUAUGAGUUGGCUCAAGGUGGCGAUAUGCGGCGUAUGAUGGCGAUGAGAAGGGGAGUAAGUUACCAGAUUCACAACAAAACACAAUGGCUUAUCACACCUUCAAGGUAUUAUAGAGGCUAUGCAACUCAAUCCCCGUCAUCAUCACCGAUAGAUAACCCAUUCCCUUUACCAUCUUCAAAUGCAACACCUUAUGAUAUCUUUCAUUUACCACGGGAUUGUACUUCCGCUCAAAUCAAAUCACGCUAUUAUGAUUUAGUCAAAAUUUAUCAUCCGGACAAAGCUAUGGCAAGUGCAAUGACUGAAAAUGGUCAGUCCUCAACAUCUUCAACUUCCUCUUCUUCCACUUCUACUCUAACUCCGCAAAAGGCUCAUGACAACUUUAAGCGGAUACGAGAAGCAUAUACCCUACUCGGCAGCGAAACAAAGAGGAGAAUGUAUGAUAAUAGCGGCUAUGGCUGGAACGCAAGCGGUGGAGGAUCUUCCACAAACAAUGCGAUGGACGGCUUUCAAGGUCCCGUUUGGAAUGGUGGAUUUCCACGUAAUGCGGCAGAAUGGGCAGCUUAUGAUGCAUGGUCAGCUUCACUUAAAAGAGGCGCUCCUGGCUCAAUGAAUCGACAAGGAUGGCAAUUCCGAGGUCAAGCAGGCAGUGGUUUUGGGGGCCAUGAUCGAUUUGGUUGGCAGCAUUAUGCAGGUAAUAAAAACAAUCCAGGCGCCAAUUGGUUUUAUGGAUACGGUCAUGCCCAACACUUCUCUGCUACCAAUAAGCCACGUUAUACGAGCAAUUUACGCUUUAUUGCCAGCUUAUCCAGCUUGACGGCUGUUUUGGCUAUCUUUCAAUAUGCUAGAUUACAACAAGAACGUCAAUUGAUUGGCGGAAUGGAAGACAGGAGACACCAAAGCGCAGUUCAAAGUUUAUCGGAAGCACGUAAAUUCGCAAGAAGUGAGAUAGGAAGAGCAAGAAUGGAAGAAAUGCGGAAAAAGGCUCGUGAAUUGCCUGAUUCUGGUGAAAACGGACUUUUAUUAAUCGAAGACGGAAAUAGAUCACACGAUUGGGAGGGCAUCGUCGGAAGGGGAGGACCAAGCGGUAAAAGUGCAUACGAAGAAAGAAUGCGAAAAUUGGAAUCCAGUGAAAUACGAUAACUGAGAUCAUGUUGUAGAAUAUUGCUCACCAUUCGCAUGAAUUGCAUUGAAUUUAACUUGAUAACACCCGCCGUUCCGAGCAAAAGAGGCGC